AUGUCGAAGCGAAAACCUAAAAAACCUCACCUCUCCCCCUCCCCCACCGUCUCGGAAGAAAACCCCGUCUUCAUCUCCGGCGCCGACAAAUGGCGAGCCGUGAUCGAAGCCGAUAAAGAAAAGGAAGCAGCCCGCUCCAAAGGUGGUCCGUCCUGGACUAAGGGCAACAACAACGGCAGCAAGUAUGGCGGGCCACGAGGGGCAGGAGGAGAUGGGGGAGGAUGGGGCAAGAAGGGCGGCUCGUCAUCGGCUUCGGUGGCGCCUUCGGAGGCUGGAAGUGGGAACUGGAAUGGGAAUGGGAAUGGGAAUGGGAAUGGGAAUGGGAGUGGGAGUGGGAGUGGGAGUGGGAGUGGGAGUGGGCGGGCGGGUACUUCGACUCCUCAAAUUCUGCAGAGGCCAACAACGGAUAUGGGGAACAAUACAAUGCCACCGGGCCUGAAUCCUGGAGCUGCGCAGUUCAACCCUACAGUCGCGCAGUUUAACCCUGGGGCUGCUCCGUUUAUGUUCGGGCAGCUACCACUGGCCAUCGUCCCUGAUAGCGUGCCCUAUCGCCCGCCCUCGCUGAUGUCGUCCGAGAGUGAGAAAUCGGACGAGGAAGUCGAGGACGAGACGAUGGAGCUGCAGUAUAAUUGGAACGGAGGUUCCAAAGAGGCGACCGGAGGGCAGAAGCAGCGGUCCGACGGUCCGAGGAAGUAUCGCGGCAAGAAGCGGACUCAGGAGCGUACCGUCGAACUUCCUCAUAGUCGGUUUGGAGAGAUACCUAAGGAGAUUAAGGUGGCGAGGGGCGCGUUUGACGCUGCUGCGCAAGAGUUCAAACCGGCCGAGAAGUCGGUGGUUGACGAGCCGCAGGAGAACCGGCAGACGUCGAUGGAUGCGUAUGAUCCUCGCUACGACCCCGACGAGUCGUACGCGCCUGGAUCGCCGUCUACCAUUUACGAGCCGGUGGAGGUUCCAGAGCCCCUUGAGAAGCUCAGUGGAGCGCUUGAUGAAGCCCCAGUCGAUCAAGUGGUCAACACCCCUGAUCCUGCUGAGGAGAGCCAGGUCCCCGAGUCGGGACGGCAUGCCUCAGCAAACGGCGAUUCCCAUCCGGACAACGCCGAAGCCAGAAGUGGCUUGAAACCGCCCAGCGAGUCAACGCAGCGCCCCGAAUCCGUCGUGCUGGCGGACGCGGAACCUGCCACGAGCGUGGAACCACAGGCGCAAGCCCAGGACAGCCGACCUAAAUCCCCCGAGCCAAAAGGCAUGGAGCGUAGUGAAGAGCCCGCUCUCCCCGUCGAAAUUGCUGAGGAGCCAACCUAUGACGCUGAAGGCAAUGAAGAAGAGCCCGGGCUCUACAAUGCCGAGGAGCCAAAAUACGAUGCCGAAGGCAACGAAGAGGAACCCCCGCAUUACGAUGCCGAGUGCACCCAAGAAGGACAAGAAGAAGAAAAAGAAAAACAAACGCCUUAUUAUAAGGAAAACGAUGAACCCGCAAGCUACCACACCGAAGAGGUUGAGAAGCAAGAAACCGGUUACGAAGCCGAAUUGGACGCCUACAACGAACCAGCGGCGUACCACAUCGACGAAACCGGCGCGGGUUACUCUGGUCAUUUUGGGACCGAGUACAACAACAACGACGACUACGUCGAACGCGUCCCCUGGAAUCCCCCCAGGGACGACGGGCCCAAGGGAUACAAGAAGCGAAACUGGUUCGCGGGUGCAGAUAACGCCGCCGUCGAACCCUUCGAGUAUAUCCCUCCCUCAGAGCGCCAAAAAUUCAAACCAUCCGAAGAAAUCGCGGACGAGGUCGAACCGGCACCGGCGACAUACAUCCUGCCUCGACCCCAGCAUAGUCCGCGCCUCCCCCUAUUCCCGCCACCGCCGGCAAGGUUCCCGGAUGCGAAACCCCCAUUUUUGAAGAAGAAGGGCAAGAAAGGCAAAGAAUUCAAUGAGGUGCACGACGAUCCGCUCAUGAGCCGGGCAUCGGGCCCAAGCAAGAGCACCAUGUAUCAUCCGUCGACAACAUCGGCGGAUUGGAGGGCAGUGGAUAGUAGGGACGAGGAGGAGGAAGCCGAGGUGCUUUUCUCGAGCAUUACGCUCUGUGCGCUGAGGCCGGAGGAGUUGCCGCUGGAGGCGCAGCAGUUGUAUAUCGAGGUUUAUAAUAUGUCCAAGGGGAGACGAGUAAUUCCGGAGGUUGUUAAGGAAGAUUUGCAGAGUAGGUUUGAACGGUUUGGGAAGGCCGAUCUUCUCACAGGCUACCACCACCAAGAUGGCACGGCCAUGUACGAACUCAGUCAUCUUCGCGAGAUCGUCAUCGAAGGAGCACGAUGCCAGAUCUCAGGGGCAUCGGCAGCCGACUGGAACAGCAGCGUCCAUCACCCGCUUCUCUCUGUGGCAUUCAGGAAUCUACCCUUGGGAACCAAGAUCAGGGUCUGGAAUACUUCCGCUGCCUCCAUCCUCCCCGACUUCCUCCCCCAAGACCUCCUCACAACCCCUUCCCCACCCGCUGCUCCCUCCUUCUGCAUCGCCCUCGAAACCAAUCCCUACAUCUGCAACUUCGUCCGUAAGCAACCCCCCGAUUCCCCCUCCAUCAACCAAACGACCUACCCGCCCCUACAAACCCGCCUCAUUGCCGUCCCCAUCGAAACCACAACUCCUUCCUCCAUUUCCCCUCCCGGCACCGUGCCACCUGUAGCCGUCUGGACCUGGGCCUGGAUGGCCCGCAUCCGCCACUUGGCCCCCUGGGCCCACAUCCCGCCGUUGCCCGUCGUCCGGGUCGUCGGACACGAUUGGUACCUCUCGUGGGCGUACGGCGAGUGGGAGGAGGCGGAGCUGAGGAUGAAGUUUGUUGGGGAGUUGAUUGUUGGGAAUACGAGGAGCGUGGUGGGGAUGUAUAAGAUUUUGGCGGUGUUGAGGAGGUUGGCGACGUGGGUGGAUAAUGAGUUUGAACCUUGGGCGAAGGAGGUGUUUGGUUGA